AUGCCAGGCUCAGAGGAUCUUUGUAAAGGCAAGGACCAGAUGCAUUCACACAGAAAACGAACCAUGUUCACUAAGAAGCAACUGGAAGAUCUGAACAUCUUGUUCAAUGAGAACCCAUACCCAAACCCCAGCCUUCAGAAAGAAAUGGCCUCGAAAAUAGACAUAUACCCAACAGUACUGCAGGUCUGGUUCAAGAAUCACAGAGCAAAACUCAAGAAAGCCAAAUGCAAGCAUAUUCAUCAAAAACAAGAAACUCCACAACCGCCAGUACCAGAGGGUGGGGUUACCACCAGAGUCAGCCCGAGAAAUGCAGACACACUACCCAGAUUGCCCCGUGCUGCUCACCCGAUCAGCCUGGUGUACACGGGUCAACAAGUCCCCUCAUUCCAGCUCAUCCUGUACCCCAACCUCAAGGUGUCUGCAAAUGACUUCGUUGGCCACAGAAUAGUCCAUUUUGGCUGCUGCCAAGAUCCUAAUAUAUAUUGCCUCUACCCCAUUUUGGAAUCCCAAGUUUGCGCUCCAAGCUUCCAUGCUGGGUCUUCUGCCUGUUCAUCUCUCCAAAGUCGAGAGAGAUGAUAAAUACAAAAAAAAGAGAUGAUAAUUACAAAAAAAAGAAAGAAAGAAAAGACUCCCAUUUAUAAUAGCAGCAAAAAGAAUAAAAUACUUAGGAAUAUAUUUAACGAAAGAAGUAUAAGACUUGCAUGCUGAAAACCACAAAACACUGUUGAAAGAAAUUAAAGAAGACCUAAAAGACAUUCCUCGUUCAUGGAAUGGAAUAUUUAACAUUGUUAAGAUGGCAAUACUCAACAAAUCAAUCUAAAGAUGCAACACAAUCUCUAUCAAA